AUGUUUGAGCGCUAUGGUGCGAUCCAGUCAGUGAAGAUUGUUCGCGACAAGACCACCGGUAUAUCAAUGGGGUUUGGUUUUGUAAACUUUGACACUAAUGAGGCUGCUGAAGCGGCAGUUAAUGCUCUCAAUACUACUGUCCUUCCGGAGGGUAAACGUAUGAAGGUGUCGGUGGCCCGACCGGCAUGGAAGGCAAAUAUUCACAGUAACUUAUACGUUUCUGGCAUACCACUUUCCUACACCGAAAAAGAUAUUGAAGACUUAUUCGGUCCUGAAUACAAGUCACAUAUAGAGGCGAUGCGGCUGUUGUACGACCAAACCGAGCAACAGAAUUUCAGAGGAAUCGCAGUCGUUCGCUUUGAUACGGAAGAGAGCGCCUACAACGCGAUGAAGGCAUUCUCCAAUUGUCAGCUCACCGACCCGGUAUCGAAAAUAACCUCUUCGUUGCAGCUCAAGCCGUGGAGGCCUGAGUUCCGAGCCGAUCGAGUUGAUUCAGAGGUGAUGAGAGAGCAGCUGUUAGUAGGACAGCAGACGACCUCAUCAGGGCUGCAGCCUGUUGCUGGUCCAAGGGGUUCCCGAGCUUACUCCACUGGUAUGUUCAACGUAAAACCACCUCUGCAACCGUACACAGCGAAGCAGCAGUUCGAGUCGAGCCGAUACGCCCCUCGUUCGAGAUUUGCCAGUAGCAGCAUAGGCCUCUCGCGAGCGCACCGGCCGCAGUCUGAGAGCACUGCAGAUAAACACUCAGGAAAUUGGGAGAGUGCGUGGAACGAAUAUCUCCGCAACGUCAUUGGCAGUCAGGGGAGCAAAAACGGCGAUAAGACGGGACAGCCGUUCGGGUUUGCUUCUUCUCCUUCUCCUCCUCAGUUAUUGUCCACUACAGUUCCUGAUUCGAGCCUUAUGAUGCAGGCAGCGGCUGCUAUGGACCAACGGGGUAUUAUGGGUGGUGGCGAACUACCGAGUUAUAGCGGCAGAGGAUUGGCAUCGGGGGAGUGGACAGACUCGGGUGCGUUGUUGUCGCCGCCAACGCCCUCGACCUCAUCACAAGCGGCUUUGUUUAUCUUCCAUCUGCCACCGGACUGCGACGAUGCGACUUUGCGAAUGCUGUUCGAGCAGUAUGGUCAGAUCGACUCUGUUAAAAUUGUUCGCGACAAGAGCACCGGUAUAUCAAUGGGGUUUGGUUUUGUAAACUUCGACACUAAUGAGGCUGCUGAAGCGGCAGUUAACGCUCUCAAUACUACUGUCCUUCCGGAGGGUAAACGUAUGAAGGUGUCGGUGGCCCGACCGGCAUGGAAGGCAAAUAUUCACAGUAACUUAUACGUUUCUGGCAUACCACUUUCCUACACCGAAAAAGAUAUUGAAGACUUAUUCGGUCCUGAAUACAAGUCGCAUAUAGAGGCGAUGCGGCUGUUGUACGACCAAACCGAGCAACAGAAUUUCCGAGGAAUCGCAGUCGUUCGCUUUGAUACGGAAGAGAGCGCAUACAACGCGAUGAAGGCAUUCUCCAAUUGUCAACUCACCGACCCGGUAUCGAAAAUAACCUCUUCAUUGCAGCUGAAGCCGUGGAGGCCUGAAUUCCGAGCCGAUCGAGUUGAUUCAGAGGUGAUGAGAGAGCAGCUGCUGGUAGGACAGCAGACGACCUCACCAGGGCUGCAGCCUGUUGCUGGUCUGAGGGGUUCCCGAGCUUACUCCACUGGUAUGUUCAACGUUAAAUCACCUCUGCAGCCGUACACAGCGAAGCAGCAGUCCGAGACGAGCCGAUACGCCCCUCGUUCGAGAUUUGCCAGUAGCAGCAUAGGCCUCUCUCGAGCGUACCGGCCGCAGUCUGAGAGCACUACAGAUAAACACUCAGGAAAUUGGGAGAGUGCGUGGAACGAAUAUCUCCGCAACGUCAUUGGCAGUCAGGGGAGCAAAAACGGCGAUAAGACGGGACAGCCGUUCGGGUUUGCUUCUUCUCCUUCUCCUCCUCAGUUAUUGUCCACUACAGUUCCUGAUUCGAGCCUUAUGAUGCAGGCAGCGGCUGCUAUGGACCAACGGGUGUUUCAGCCGAACCCGAACUUGAGCGCUGAGGAUGUGGAACGGUUGAAGAAAGAGAAGGAGGAGCAAAAGAUAAAGUUGAUUUCUAUGUUUCAUUCAAGUGCUGAUGACAAGACCGGUCCUAAGCCGACAGGCUUUGGGGUGUCCAAGGAAACUUCCUCGCCUCCUCCUUCUCCUCCGACGACGACUACGUUUACCUUUGGCAUGACCCAAACGACUGAGGCGGUUGCUGCAGCUGCUACCACCACUACUGGCAACUCAUUCGUGUUUGGCGCAUCGUCAUCGACUAACUCAAUCACUACUGAAACGGUAUCCCCUCCGAGUGGUGUACCAUCGUUCGUCUUUGGAGGACCUUCAACAGCACCCCCUGUUACGACUCCGAUCGUGUUUGGGUCCUCUGGAGGCUUCGUCCCGACUUUGAAUGGAGAAAAGGAGGAGAAGGGAGAGCAUGAGAAAUUGAAGGAUCUUGCUGAGAAGCCAGACUUGGAAAAAGAAGAGCUACUCCAUUUGGAUGUAUGGUUGGGGUCUGACGAUCUGUUGGGUAAGGAAGUGAUGUUGGAGGACGGCACGGAGGGAAAAAUUACGUCCAAGGAGAAAAUGAAGGAUGGAAGCGAUCCCAAGCAUAUCUAUCACCGGUGA